GCGUUCAGGCAGGACAGGAGGGCGCGCGGGACAUCAGCACACCGGCCGGGUCAAGGAGCUGCAAGGAUGGAGAUCCGACCAGACAGGUUUAAGGCGGUCGCGGGCAAAACUCUGGGGAAAAUUCACAGGCUGAUUGAAAAGAGGCAGCCCAAUGGAGAAACCAUUGAGUUAUCAGCGGAGGGCCGUCCUGAGCUGGUGGAGGAGAAGGAGCUGCCGGUGGUGGACUGUACCUGCUUUGGCUUGCCGAGGCGGUACAUCAUCGCCAUCCUGUCUGGCCUGGGAUUCUGCAUCUCAUUCGGCAUCCGGUGCAACCUGGGUGUGGCCAUCGUAAGCAUGGUCAAUGACCACACUGUCUACAAAGGCAACAAAGAAGUACUGGUGGCUGCACAGUUCACCUGGGACCCUGAGACAGUGGGGAUGAUUCACGGCUCCUUCUUCUGGGGCUACAUCGUCACGCAGAUCCCGGGUGGUUUUAUAUGUCAAAAAUUUGCAGCCAACAGAGUGUUUGGCUUUGCCAUAGUGGCCACAUCCACCCUCAACAUGCUGAUUCCCUCUGCCGCUCGCUGCCAUUACAGCUGCGUCAUACUGGUCAGGAUAUGUCAGGGCCUUGUCGAGGGUGUAUCAUACCCAGCCUGCCACGGGAUCUGGGCCAAGUGGGCUCCUCCUCUGGAGAGAAGUCGAUUAGCCACAACAGCCUUUUGUGGGUCCUAUGCGGGGGCAGUGGUGGCCAUGCCUUUAGCUGGGAUACUGGUGCAAUACACUGGGUGGCCUUCAGUAUUCUAUGUCUAUGGCAGCUUUGGGAUAUUCUGGUAUUUGUUCUGGAUUCUGGUGUCGUACGAGAGUCCCGCAGUCCAUCCCACCAUCACACCGGAGGAGAGGAAGUACAUUGAAGAUGCAAUCGGAGAGUCAGCAUCAUUUCUCAAUCCUCUCCACAAAUUUAAAACCCCAUGGAGACACUUCUUCACCUCCAUGCCAGUCUACGCCAUCAUUGUGGCCAACUUCUGCAGGAGCUGGACUUUCUACCUGCUGCUCAUCAGCCAGCCAGCCUACUUUGAAGAAGUCUUUGGCUUUGAGAUCAGCAAGGUGGGUUUGGUGUCAGCUUUGCCUCAUCUGGUGAUGACAAUCAUCGUGCCCAUUGGAGGCCAGUUGGCAGACUACCUGAGAACCCACAACCUGAUGUCUACCACCAAUGUCAGGAAGCUAAUGAACUGUGGGGGUUUUGGAAUGGAGGCCACCCUCCUGCUGGUGGUGGGAUACUCUCACACAAAAGGUGUUGCCAUUUCCUUCCUGGUCCUCGCUGUUGGCUUCAGUGGAUUUGCUAUCUCAGGGUUUAAUGUCAAUCACUUGGAUAUCGCUCCACGUUAUGCUAGCAUACUGAUGGGCAUCUCAAACGGGGUGGGAACAUUAUCUGGAAUGGUCUGUCCUCUCAUAGUGGGAGCCAUGACCAAACACAAGACACGUGAGGAGUGGCAGUAUGUCUUCCUGAUAGCUUCCCUCGUUCAUUAUGGAGGAGUGAUUUUCUAUGGACUCUUUGCAUCAGGAGAAAAGCAGCCAUGGGCGGACAUAGAGGACACAAGUGAGGAGAAGUGCGGCAUCAUCGAUGAGGAUGAACUGGCCAAUGAGACAGAGGAGCUCUACCGUGGAGGUGGGCAGUACGGGGCCAUGAGCCAACAGGUGGUUGGUUCCAAUGGAGGAGGGGCCGGAGGAGGAGGAGGAGGAGGAGGAGGAGGAGCCGGGGCCGGAUGGGUGACGGACUGGGAUAAAACUGAGGAGUAUGUACAACCACCUGGAUACAACUCUUACAUGUAUGGGGGAGAAAAGGAGCUGACAUAGAAGAAAAGCUGACAUGAUACACGUUUAAAAAAAAAAAACGACAAGAUAAAGAAAAGAGGAAGAUUGUUUUUGGAGAGGGAUUGUAAGAGAGAGUCACUGCAAUACUGAAUGGACCUGCUGUGUGCUUUUGUACAAUAUUAACAAUUGCACAUAUCAAAAGUACGCAUCUGAUUCAUUCCAUUGUGCGUGUGUGUGUGUGUGUGUGUGUGCUUGUUUGUGUGUGUGUGUGUGUGUGUGUGUGUGUGUGUGUGCUACGUGCAUGUCAGUGUUAGAGUUGUUAAUGUGCAUAAACACGUACAGUAUUCAUUUGCAAAAACUGAACUCAUCUCCCAGACUUCCUUCCUGCUCCUGAGCUCGUUGUGAUUGGUCAGGAGUUUGGUUUCCACAACAUCACAUAGGAGAUUCUGUGUGUGUGUGUGUGCGUGUGUGUGUGUGUGUGUGUGGUGGGUUUUUUGCCUGUACAGCAACUCUCCCAGGCCACUGGCAUUGUGUUGUAUUUAAAUUUUUAUGUGUAAGCCUCACAUUUACGUUUUUUGUUGGGUUUUUUUUGCUGGAAAAGCACCUCUGGGGUUUUUUUAAUGUGAAAUUUUUGAGCUUACAAAUGACUAAAUACAAAAUGUGAUGUCACUAAAAAAAGCUUACACUUGAUUCUUCCAGUCUAUAUUACUCUCAAUGCUCUCAGAUAUAAAAGAAAUCAAUACACAAACUAAAAGCAAAUGUGUUUUUAUAAGUGAGGGCCCUUUCAGACUAUCUUAAGACACUGGAAAUGCAUUUAAUUUUCCUUCAUCACAGCAACAUUACAUUUCCAAAGCAUGCAUAAUUAAAAUAUGCUUGCAUGUGGUAUUCAACAUGGCUUCAUUUACUGUAGUUGGUACUUUUUAAUCAAAGAGGAAAAUGGUGCUUAGCUAUUGUAUCAUUCUGUGUGUAAAGCUUUUGUUACAUCAGGCUCCCCUUUGUGUGCUUUGUGUGUGUAUUUGAUUGUGCUAGAGCUUGUGCACAAAGCUGCAUGUGGUGUCUAGCUGAGUCUCACCUGAGUCUGACCUAACUAGGUCAUGUACAGCUAGGCUCAUGGGUCACAAGGCACAUAUCAUGAGCAAUCAUCUCACACUUUUGACUUUUCAUGUGGCGUGUACGCGCCCGCUGGAGAGGCGGCCUGUAAAGACAAGUCAAGUGUGCGUGAUAUAGUUGAUUAACUGUUUUAAACCAGCGUGGGACUAUAGUUCAGAUAUUCCCAGGCAUCACAGAACAUGCUGCCUCUGUUUUUGCCUUUUUCUGUCUCUGUGGCUGCCUCUCCCCCCACCCCCGUCUUCCUCCCUGUAUUCAACAAGAAGUUCUCUGUCUUCUCCUCCAGUCUUUGAUAUCUGUUGGUGAUGUUUCCAUGUCUCUAGUACCAAAACGUCAGUUCUGAGCUUUUCAGAUUGUCUAUGUGUGUGUGUGUGUGUGUGUGUGUGUGAUAGUGAAUGUGUUGUUGUGUUGGGUGCAGGUGCUGAAACACUGUGCAGUGAGCAUGUUUUAAUGAGCACAGCAGUGCGGUACCCCGCCAUCCCUCUCUUCCUUUUACACACCAACACACACACACACACACAGGGUGCUAAUUUCAUGCAAGCACACUCAAAAACACCACGCACAGUGUGCAGAGGGAGUGGUGGCACGCUAUUUGGUAUUUACAUGACUGUGAAGUGCAACCCUGGCGCACAGAGCGAAACAGGGUGGGAUUAGCAAGAAUUUAUUAUCAUGUAUUAUCAGAGGGUAUGUUAAGGUUUGGUAACAGUCAUAGCCAAUCACUUCAGCUCCUCUUAAAGCCCUUUAAAAGCAGCUAUCUCUCCAUCUUGAUGCACUGACAGCUGGGUAAUUGAGUGAAUAGUCCAGAGGAACUUCUCCUGAGAGGACACUAACAUUCAGGAGGUGAACUGUCGUACUGUAUUGUGCGAGCUGCACAGUGCAACUCUUUGCACCUCCACAUGCAGUAGACAGAGCCAGCAGACAUGAAACAACAUGUGCAUGCACACACACACAUUCUGCGUGUACUCACAAGUCAUGCUGACAAACAGCAAUUUAUCUUGAAAUUAAAAGCACAUUUGGAGAUGCCUCUUUUUCAGAUCAAGUCUAUUUAACUCGUAGAGGGUUUGUGAUUUGAUCUCACUUUUGUGAGAGAAAAAAAAAAUCACUGCUGGAAUGUAAAAAAGGAUUUAUGGGUUUAUGGCAAAAUGUGUUAGUAUGUUAAUAAAUUAUUUCAAAAAGUGACUAAAGAAAAUUACCAUUUUGUUUUGAGAGAAAUGUCUUAAAGGCAUGAAUGAUCAUUCCUGUGAACAAUUUCAUUUUUAAGUGUUGUAUUGGUGUAUUUUUAAUCAAGUUUCUUCUUUGUCUCAGUUUAUGACUGUUCCGAUGUUGUCUUCCUCCUUCUUGAUGAAAUGUGUGGUUACCUGGUGGGAAUCAGUGUGAAAAUAAAAACAAAAUGAUAAUAUUUAAACAUGCAAAUAUGUGGAAAAUAUUCUAUGUAUAAAAGAUGUAUAUGUGA